AAAGUUAAAAUCAAAUGUUUAAUAACCUUAAAUUACGUAAAAAUGUUUUUACUGGUUUUAUUAAAAUAGUCAAAAAGUAUAAACAUUCAAACAACUUAUAUUUGAAUUUGGAAUCACGAACGAUAUAAAGUCACGUGACUCGCCUGACAUGGGCGCACCUGUAGAAUAAUAACACAACUAUUGGCAAUUCAACGAUACCGCAGCGCCAAAAAGCCAAUGUUAAUUUCCAUAAGGUGGUGAGUUUUCAAAGCUGAGACCAACCCGAUUUUACUGUGCAUUAUAUCUAUAUAUAUUAAAAUCGGGUGUUGCUCAGCUUCGAAAACUCGCCAGUUUAUGGAAAUUAGCAUGGGCUUUUUGGCGCUGCGGUAUCGUUGCCAAUAGGUUUGAAGUUUGACAAGCUUUAGUCUCGUAUCAAACGUACAAGAAUUAGGUACAUAUACAACCAAUUGUUAAUUGAUGUUUACCACACAAGGAUCGCAUCGUAAGUCACGCCAGUUAUUUCUUGGAAUUGAUGCUUGGGCUUCCUUUGUUUUGAGAGAUUUCAAAGAAGUGGCAGUUGGAUCUUAUCAAUCAGAUCAGGAGUUGAAUCAGAGAAAUAAAAUUCAACCUGCUGUGUUGCGAAACCGAAGAAUUUCAAAAUGGAAGUUUUGAAUACUGUUUUCAACAAAAGUAAAGCUGAAGAGCAUACCUUAAAUCAUAGCAAUUCUAAAAUAUUGCAAGUUUGCCUCGAAUCAGUUUACCCUACAGUUAAGUUAGCCUUGGAAUUAAGGGCGGUUCAACACAAUAAUUCUGUGUUCUUCUCAAUUCAGACUUGGCGUACAAUAGCUCUUAAGAGAAAUGAAAUACGCCAAGCUAUGAGAGCAGAAGAUGAAAGACUCAUUUUUGUUAAUGACGAGCUCAAAGUUUUUACAGAAUGCAUGCAUGAUCAUUGCGCUGUUUGUUUUCUGGAUAUCAGAGGAAAAAGGGUAAACAUUAUGUUAGAAACAUUCUCCAGGAUGAUGCAAUUAGGACUCGAGAUAACUAAAGAAUACCAAAAACAGAUUAAAACAAUAAAUGAAACUGCAAAGAAUCUAAGCACAUUUAUGGAUUUUAUAUUGAGUCAAUGUACUGGUACAAGAAGAUGCGACAAUAUUAAAGAGCAUUUGGAGAUGUUGAGCAACUAUACCGAGCAUAAUAUUGGAAAUGCUGUUAGUAAUUUUAGUUUCGCGAUUGAUGAUAACGAGUACGAAAAAGAUUAUGAUGAGUCUGACGGCUAUGACCGUUGCUCUUAUUGCAGUCGUCGUCGUCAUCGUUACUAAUUUUUUAGUCAAAGACUAAUUUGAUGAACAUGACAACUACUAUUUGCAAUACUUCUAAACAUAAAAGAGAUACUUAUAUGUAUUGAAGCAUAUAAAAGUUUGUAAAAGAAAAUAUGCAAACUCAAACCAAAACUAUGAUUGUAAGAUGUGCAUGUGAAUUUGCAAGUUUGCAAAGUAUCAUUAAUAAAGAAAUAUUUUCAUAUAGUACUUUGAACAAAA